AUGAUGAAAAAAUAUGCGUGUUUAUGUGGAAAUAUUACUUUAAGAGUGAAAGAAGAAUCUAAAAGUGUGAGUAUUCCACUACCUUCUGAAUGGGAAUCUCCUAUAUUAGUAAAUGAAUGUAGUAUUGAUAUGCAAUAUUUUCAAAUGGUAUCAAUUCGUCAGACAAGUUGUUGUCUUGUUUAUAAAUGUUUAAAUUGUGGAGAUGAUGUGUGUUGUAUUAAAGGAAAAGAAGGAAUAAUUAAUAGGAAUUUAGAGCAAAAUGAAGAAAGAAGAAAAGGAUAUUCUUUAAGUAAAACUUUUGGGAUUUACAUUAAGAACCGUACUAAUAUUGAGGAAAAUGAUGAAGGAAAUGGGGUAAAUAAAUCAAUUAAAAUUGAUGAACAAUUAGAUAAACAAUUAUUAUUAAAAAAACAAAAGAAAAUAGAUGAAUUAUUUAAAAUUAAAGAACAAAAAAUUAGAGAAUUUGUUUUAGAACAAGAAGAUCUUUUUGAUUGUCAAAGACAAACUAUCCAAGAAGAAUAUAAUAAUAUUGUUCAUGACUUUACUGAAUUUCAUCCAACACCUAAUGUUCAUAUACCAGAAAAAAUAAAGCGUGUUCGUACUUGGCAAUCUUUACACCCUUCGAUGGAAAAAGAAGAUGGAGAAGUUUUUGAGUUUGAUGAAGAACAAAAUGAAGAAAUUACUGGGAAUACAAUUAUAAUGAAAAAAGAGUCAUCUCCUAUUCCUCUUAAUGAAGAAGGAGAAGAAGGUAUUGUUCUUGACGAUAUUGUUCCUUGUUGUAGUGUUCCUGUAAGACUACCUUCUGUUGGUUUUGAUAACUUAGAAGUUCAAGGAAAUACUUUUGAAGAAUAUACACAUACUAUAAAGGAAGAAAUUCCUGUUUCUUCAUUCAAACAACCUCCAAAUGAUUGUAAUUGA